AUGAGAAAGUGUCUUACGUCUCCGGAUCCUCCUUGCUUACCACACACCCUCAGCCCAUGGACCAAGCUUCUCUCAAAAACAGCGAUGUUCUGGUUCUCACUGGACUCACACAGAUCCCCACUGCCAACCCCGACGGCAUGGUGGGCGAGUUCUGCAGCAACCUUGCUCUGACAGUUCGGAAUGGAGGAAAUGUGUUGGUUCCCUGCUACCCUUCUGGAGUGAUCUAUGACCUCCUGGAGUGCUUGUAUCAAUACAUCGACUCCGCUGGCCUCUCCAACAUCCCCUUCUACUUCAUCUCCCCAGUGGCCAACAGUUCCCUUGAAUUUUCCCAGAUUUUCGCUGAGUGGCUUUGUCACAACAAACAGAGUAAAGUGUAUCUCCCAGAACCGCCUUUCCCGCAUGCAGAGCUCAUUCAGACCAAUAAGCUGAAGCACUACCCCAGCAUCCAUGGAGACUUCAGCAAUGACUUCAGACAGCCAUGUGUGGUGUUCACUGGGCAUCCUUCCCUCCGGUUCGGGGAUGUUGUCCACUUCAUGGAGCUCUGGGGGAAGUCUAGUCUCAACACUGUCAUAUUUACAGAGCCUGAUUUCUCCUACCUGGAGGCCCUGGCUCCUUACCAACCACUGGCCAUGAAGUGCAUCUACUGCCCGAUUGACACGCGACUAAAUUUUAUCCAGGUGUCAAAGCUGCUUAAAGAAGUGCAGCCCCUGCACGUGGUCUGUCCUGAGCAGUAUACCCAGCCACCCCCGGCCCAGGCCCACAGGAUGGACCUCAUGAUCGACUGCCAGCCACCAGCCAUGUCCUAUCGGCGGGCUGAGGUCCUCGCCCUGCCCUUCAAACGACGCUAUGAGAAAAUUGAAAUCAUGCCAGAGCUGGCAGACUCCCUGGUGCCCAUGGAGAUCAAGCCUGGCAUCUCCCUGGCAACUGUCUCGGCUGUGCUGCACACAAAGGAUAACAAACAUGUGCUUCAGCCCCCUCCCAGGCCCGCCCAGCCUGCCAGCAGUAAGAAGAGGAAACGGGUGAGUGAGGACGUUCCUGACUGCAAGGUGCUGAAGCCUCUGCUGAGCGGCUCCAUCCCAGUAGAACAGUUUGUGCAGACCCUGGAAAAGCAUGGCUUCAGUGACAUUAAGGUGGAAGACACAGCCAAGGGCCAUAUUGUCCUGCUGCAGGAAGCUGAAACACUCAUCCAGAUUGAAGAAGACUCAACUCACAUCAUCUGUGACAAUGACGAGACUCUGAGGGUACGAUUAUGGACCUGGUCCUCAGGUUCCUGCAGAAGUUCUGAGUGGGGCAUCAGUGAACUCCUAGACCCCUCACCUCGGACAGUCUGGUGGCGCCCUCUGGCUGCCAGAGAGGAGUGCUGUCUCUGGCCAGGACACCAAGAACUUUUUCCAUUCUGAGCUCUUGAGUAGCUUGGGGGUGACAGCAUGACAGGAGUCCUUUCCUAAGGGAAGUGUAAAUAUGACUGGCCUGUGUUUUCAGGAUCCAAAGGGGGCAACUCUUGAACUUACUUACCUGCCUAUAGUGCUAUACCUAAGAAAGGACAGUCCCCCAAAUCAGAAAGUGAACCUAUCUAGCUCUAUUCUGUGGCCCAUUUUGCUAAAAUAAAUAUUAUUUUUAUAGAAGUA